CGCCUACGUCCCGCCGCUGUUGCUGCCACCAUCAUGCCCAAGAGAAAGGCUGAAGGGGAUGCUAAAGGAGAUAAAGCCAAGGUGAAGGACGAACCACAGAGAAGAUCCGCGAGGUUGUCUGCUAAACCUGCUCCUCCAAAGCCAGAGCCCAAGCCUAAAAAGGCCCCUGCAAAGAAGGGAGAGAAGGUACCCAAAGGGAAAAAGGGAAAAGCUGAUGCUGGCAAGGAGGGAAAUAACCCUGCAGAAAAUGGAGAUGCCAAAACAGACCAGGCACAGAAAGCUGAAGGUGCUGGAGAUGCCAAGUGAAGUGUAUGCAUUUUGGAUAACAGUGUACUUCUGGUGACUGUAC